AUGACCAUUGUUCUGGCUCAGGGAGUCUGUUUCCUCUCCCAAUCUGGAGUAGGUAUCCUGGGGAACUCUCUCCUCAUCACAUUCCACCUCUCCUCGUUCCUCCUGGAUUCCAAACCAAAGCCCACAGACCUGACCAUCAUCCACCUGGCCCUGGUCCAUACCGUGAUGCUUCUUCCAAGGUGGAUCAUCAUAGCAGCAGGGAUGUUGGGGCUGCAGCUUGUACAGAACGAUGCUGAUUGUAAGCUGCUCAUCUGUCUCUACCGCAUCACCCGGGGCCUCUCCCUCUGUACCACCUGCUUCCUGAUCGUGAUCCAGGCCAUCACCAUCAGUUCUAGCACCUCCUAUCUGUUCCAGCUCAAGGUUCAGAUCCCAAACGUCAUCCUCCCGGUCUUAGCCAUCUUGUGGAUUCCCAACACACUGAUAAGCGCCAACCUUCUGUUCCAAGUGUUUGCUUCCCCCAAUAGAACCAACACAGAUACCAACUGUUACAUUGUGCCUAUGAACACACUCCUCCAGGGGCUGAUUCUCACCUUCAUGGCUCUCCGCAACGUCCUUUCUCUAGGGCUCAUGAGCUGCUGCAAUGGGUACAUGGUCCUUCUCCUGCACCGACACAGGCACCAGGUCCAGCCUCACAGCCCCAGCCAAGCCCCCAAAACAUCGCCGGAGAGACAAGCCACCAAGACCAUUGUGCUGCUGGUGAGCUGCUUUGUAGUCUUCUACUGUGGAGACCUUGUCUUUUCCCUGUUUCUAGGGACAUCCAUGAAGAAUAAUGCUGCCCUCUGGAAUGCUCACAUGUUUGUGGUCAGUGGAUAUGCCACUAUCAGCCCCUUUGCGUUGCUCACCUGUGACACGAGAGUCAUUAAGUUUCUAGCUGAUUUUCUGGGGAAUAUGAUCCUCAAAUCUUCAGAGACCUUGUCCCCCUCUGCCUCCAGCCAGGGGAAUACCUUCAUUUCUUCAUUGGUUUACUCCAGCCUCAGCACCUACGUCAUCCCCAAAGAAAGGAACAAGAAGGGAACAAGGCACCUGAGCGAGCUGGACAAAUUUGUGUCCAACAAUUUGGCGACUACGAAGGGACCCGCCAGCAAGUCCAGCGAACCACGGGUUAACCUAAGACCAACUGCGCACAAUCUUGGCCCGGAGUCUUUGUCUGUCUACCCCGCGUCUCCCCGUCUCUGUGUAAUUACCAGCCCCCCGAACUCCGGCUCCUCCAUACGGGCCUGUCCCAAGAAUUGCCACCCCUUCACAUGGUGUACCUAUCAGAGGCCGAGGUCGGCCUACUCGGGAGCCCCUCCUGGAGCGAGCUAUGUGGGCCCUUGCCAUCAGUACGGGUGGAGCAUGGUGCAAUACGACUGGUGGCAAGGAUCCACCUGGUCACGAUACCGGACAUACUCCGCCUUAUGCCUUGGCGUGGACUCAUUUCAGCCUGGGGGGGAGCGGGUGUCCGGGCCCUAA